GUGCUGGCUGUUACCGUAGCAACGGUUUGUUGACGGAGGACGUGGGCUUGCUUGCGCAAAAUGAGACUCAAGAGGUUUCUUCUCAGAUAUUACCCACCAGGUAUAAUCCUGGAGUAUGAUAAAGUAGGGCUUUUGAGGACCAAAUCAAUUGACCUUUUGGAUUUGACAAUACAAACCAACCCAGAUGACUUAUUGAAAGAGAUCAUGCAAUCAGAGCCUCUGAUCACACAAUCCCGGGCUGAGCAAGUAAAAAAGCUCAUUAUUCGACUUCAACAGAAACAGAACCAGGAGGACCACAACAGUUUCACUUUUUCCAAGGAGCUGAAGGCACACAUACUACCUCUGACUAAUGUUGCAUUUGACAAAUCAGGGUCAAGGUUUCUAACCGGGAGCUACGACAGAACGUGUCGUAUUUGGGACACCGCCUCGGGCACUGAGCUGCACACUCUGGAGGGUCACAGAAAUGUAGUGUAUGCCAUCGCAUUCAACAACCCCUUUGGAGACAAGAUUGCCACUGGUUCUUUUGAUAAAACCUGUAAAUUAUGGUGUGCUGAGACGGGCAAAUGCUUCUAUACAUUUCGAGGUCACAUGGCGGAAAUAGUGUGUCUGGCAUUCAACCCUCAGAGUACACUCGUGGCCACAGGCAGCAUGGAUGCUACCGCCAAGUUGUGGGAAGUGGCGACAGGGUGGGAGGUGGCCACUCUCACUGGUCACACUGCAGAGGUCCUCUCCUUGUGCUUUAACUCUGUCGGCACUCAGCUUGUGACUGGCUCCUUUGACCACACCGUUAUUAUUUGGGAUGUUGCUUCCGGAAGAUGUGUCUACACAUUGAUAGGCCACCAGGCAGAGAUCAGCAAUGUGCAGUUUAACUGGGAUAGCUCACUCAUAGUCACGGGCUCCAUGGAUAAAACAGGCAAGGUUUGGGAUGCAGGCAGUGGAAAAUGUGUAGCCACCCUUGUUGGACACAAAGAGGAGGUGCUGGAUGUUUGUUUCGAUUUACGGGGUCAACUCAUUGCUACAGCCUCUGCUGAUGGCACAGCCAGAGUGUUCAAUGCGACCACAUACCAGUGUCUGACAACUUUGGAAGGCCAUGAGGGAGAGAUCUCCAAGAUCUGCUUCAGUCCUCAGGGCAGCAGGGUUCUCACUGCCAGUUCCGACAAAACAGCUCGCUUAUGGGAUGCCCAGUCCGGAGUCUGCCUUCAGGUCCUCCAGGGCCACACCGACGAGAUCUUCUCCUGCGCCUUCAACUACGAAGGUGACACCAUUAUCACAGGCAGCAAGGAUAACACGUGCCGGAUCUGGUGCUGACCGCCCCCCUUCUUCACCCCCGGGAGCCAGUAUACGUCCACAUGUCACUACACUCCAAUUGGUGGUGCACUUAUAUGCUGCUGUUGACAGCUUCAUAUGAAGAUGAGCAGCUCAAUGACAUGCGUUGUUGACAGUAGCUGCGUGACAUUGAAAUGUUAAUUUGAGUGAGUGCCACUCGUUUUUAGUCUUGUGAUCUUCCAAUUGCAAGACUUGAUGUAAAUCCCCAGUUUGGCAUUUACAGUCUAUCAAUCAAAGGAUGACACACUUGAGCUCGAGGUCAUCUUGUUGUUUAGCCCCCCUGCUAUGCGAGAGUAAUUUCCUCCAAGAUUUUGCUUUUCUCAUGCGGUGCAGAGAUAUCGGCUUGAAAUAGAGGCUAAUGCAUUUCCACCAUGUGUUGUCUCAAAUUCAUAAGUCUCAGGGAGACCAUAAAAUGAUUUGUAAUUUGUUUUGUGUCACCUGGGAGUACAAUUGCGACUUAGAAUUGCAGUGUUACUGAUUGCUGCUUUGUUUGAUGUCUCUCCACUUUGCCAUGCCUUUUCCAAGACUUUUUCCAAGUCAUUAGAAUGUUUUCAUUGGGGUUAUUUGAGGACAUACAUAUAUUUUGUGCUACUUUGCUGUAAUGUUUGGAGUUGAAGUAGUUAGUGGUCCUGUGAAUAACACAACUUUCCUGUACUAACUCAAAAGUCAAAUGCUUCUGAAGACUUGCAGUGUGGAUUCCAAACAAAUAUUUCUGG